CAAACGUUGAAGAAAAGAGAGCAAAGAAGCAAAAUCAUGGGAAAUUGUUUAGUCACUCAAGAGAAAGUAAUCAAGGUUAUGAAAACAGAUGGAAAAGUACUUGAAUACAAGGCACCAAUUAAAGUCCAUGAAGUAUUAUCAGAUUUUGCUGGUCAUGCAAUAUCUGACAGACUUCCAGUCAUCCGGCAUCUACAGCCGGAUGCUGUCAUGGUUAGCAAUCACCUUUACUACCUAUUACCUCUUCCAAAGCUGUCAGAGCAACGGCGAGAAAAGAAAAAGGUUAGAUUUGCAGUUCCUGAGGUGGAAACAUGCCAAGAAGGUGGAGUUGUCAGGAUUAAGCUAGUUAUCACCAAACAAGAACUGGAGAUCAUGUUAAGAGGAGGAGUUUCAGUAGAUGACAUGCUUUCUCAUGAUCAAGAACAGAGGAAACACCAACAGAAAGUAAACCUGAAUGAACUUCAUGUUUCUACAAUAUUAACAUAGAUUAAUACACAGUUGAGUCACGAAAUUUUAUGUAUGGCCGACAGUAGUAACAUAUUUAGCUAUAGGAAUAUCAUAAAGUAUCAUCUUAUAGAAUUGUAUUUGGCCAUAGAGUCAGCUAUGAUAGAUAUUGUAAUGCUUUAAUAGAUAG